UGUCAGGCAAGAUGCCGACGAAUCAGAAGAAGAAACCGACUGCCAACAUUUCUCCAAAGUAGUUUCCCGAGUCGGAUCAGUUAGAUAAUAUUAAAUUACGUCGUGUGCACACGAUUUUUUAUAUUUGUCCGUCAUUUAAAAAUUAAUUAUUCAGAGUCAUGAAUUUUGAACAACAAGUGGUUUUGAUUACUGGAGCAUCUUCUGGAAUUGGAGAAGCAACAGCAAAGUAUCUAUCCAAUUUGGGAGCAUCAUUAGUUCUUACUGGGCGUAAUUCAGAGCAUCUCACAAGAGUCGGAGAAGCAUGCAAAGCGAUUUCAAAAACCACUCCAUUGUUACUGAUUGCUGACGUCACUAAUAUAGAAGAUAACAAGAGAGUUAUCGAUGAAACUAUCGCUAAAUAUGGAAAACUGGAUGUACUUAUCAAUAAUGCUGGCAUACUGUCAAACGGAUCAAUUGAAAACACCAGUCUCCAACAAUAUGAUGAAAUAAUGAAUACAAACGUUAGAGCUGUUUAUCAUUUGACAAUGCUGGCAGUACCCCAUUUAAUAAAAAGCAAAGGCAACAUCGUAAAUGUAAGCAGUGUAGCUGGAAACAGGUCCUUUCCCGGAAUAUUAGCUUACGGAAUGUCUAAGGCAGCAAUCGAUCAAUUCACUCGCUGUACGGCCUUAGAACUAGCCCCCAAGCAGGUUCGCGUGAAUGCUGUAAAUCCGGGUGUCAUAGUAACUGAUAUUCACAAGCGAGGAGGAAUGGAUGAAAAAACGUAUGCAGAGUUUUUGGAAAAAUGCAAACAGACUCAUGCGUUAGGUCGUCCAGGCGAAUCAAUGGAAGUUGCUUCAGUAAUAGCAUUUCUCGCAUCUGAUGCUGCUAGUUUUAUAACAGGAGUGAAUUUAAAUGUGGAUGGUGGACGUCACGCUAUGUGCCCACGGUGAACGUUUUUGAAGAAAAACACAAAUCUCAAGAAUUUGUUGUUUUAUAUUUGUUUACUUUGAUAAUUAAAGUAAUGUUCUUGGACAGGAUCUUGAGAUGUUAAUGGAUAAAAUAUAUGUAUAAUUAUCGAUCUUA